AAGAAUUUGAGGGAAUGAUAGGGUGGGAAGAUGUUUACAAGGUGGUGGUGGCCAUGUUUCCUUUAUAUGUUGCCCUAGUUUUAGGGUAUGGGUCUGUGAAGUGGUGGCACAUAUUCACUACUGAACAGUGUGGUGCAAUUAACCUUCUUGUUUGUUAUUUCACUCUUCCUCUAUUCACUUUUGAAUUUGCAGCCCAUAUUGAUCCUUUCAAAAUGAACUACUUAUUCAUUGGAGCUGAUGCUAUCUCCAAAGUUAUCAUUGUUAUAGUAUUAGCUUUUUGGGCUAAGUGUAGUAGUAAAGGAAGCUAUUGUUGGUCUAUAACAAGCUUCUCUCUAUCUACUCUCACUAAUUCUCUAGUUGUAGGAGUACCAUUGUUGAAAGCCAUGUAUGGUCAGAUGGCAGUGGAUUUAGUGGUACAAUCUUCUGUUAUACAAGGAAUUAUAUGGCUUACAAUUCUUUUAUUUGUGUUGGAGUUUCGCAAAACAAGAAGCGAUACAUUAUCGAUGAUUGCUGAUUCUAAUGCUAUAUCACAACUUGAAUCAGUGAAAGAUAUAGAAGGAAAUGGGCAGAUGGUAGCAAUAUCUAGACCUUCUUUGUGGUCUUUGAUGAAGAUUGUGUGGUUAAAGCUUGCACUUAACCCUAAUUCCUAUGCUUGUUUUAUGGGCAUGGCUUGGGCUUUUGUUGCCAACAGGUGGAAAUUUGAGAUGCCAAGUAUUAUUGAAGGAUCUGUAUUGAUCAUGUCAAGGGCAGGGAUAGGGAUGGCCAUGUUUAGUAUGGGGCUCUUCAUGGCAUUGCAGGAGAAGUUUAUGGCAUGUGGCCCAAGCUUAACAGUGUUUGGACUAGUUUUAAGGUUUGUGGCUGGUCCAGCAGCUAUGGCUAUCGGUUCCAUUGCUGUAGGGUUGCAUGGUGAUGUCUUGCGUGUUGCCAUUAUCCAGGCAGCCUUGCCACAAUCCAUCACAUCCUUCAUCUAUGCCAAGGAAUACGGGUUGCAUGCUGAUGUCCUUAGUACUGCGGUGAUCCUAGGGAUGAUACUUUCCUUGCCCAUCUUGGUUGGAUACUACGCAGUUUUAGAGUUUUUGCAUUGAAAAAACUCUGGUCUUAUGUGUUCCUCUGUAUUU